AACCUGACCUUCUAGGGCUAACCACUCCCCGCAGAGCCACAGCCGAGGGACUAUGAGAGAGGUAGGUGACCGGUGGCCUAGGCACCAAUCAGUCCCGUUGUCCCUACUGGGGAGCUACCGGCUUCGCAUUACAGCAUCUCAAAGCCAUUGGCUAAGUCGUGUCCAAGAGGGACUUGACCGGGGCUCCAAGAAUCUCAGCCGCUGUCCUUCUUGUCCUGUUCUUCUACAUAAAUGUCUGGAGCAAUUUUUGCGCCUCUGGAGGGCCUAGGUGCUCUGGAUGCUGCAAGUGGCCAUCCACUCGUGUGUCCACUGUGCCACACACAGUACGAGCACCCGUGCCUGCUGGACUGUUUCCACGACUUCUGUGCUGGCUGCUUGCGUGGCCGGGCCACCGAUGGCCGCCUGUCCUGCCCACUGUGCCAGCAUCAGACCCUGGUGAAGGGGCCCAGUGGCCUCCCUCCAGCGGACCGGCUGCUGCAGUUCCUGGUGGACAGCUCCGGGGACGGCAUGGAGGCUGUGCACUGUGCCAACUGUGACCUGGAGUGCAGCAAGCAGGACGCAGAGACCACGUACUUCUGCAACACCUGCGGGCAGCCCCUGUGCGCGCGCUGCCGCGAAGAGACGCACCGCGCGCGCAUGUUCGCGCGCCACGACAUUGUAGCCCUGGGCCAGCGCAGCCGGGACGUCAUCCAGAAGUGUAAGCUGCAUUCGGAGCCCUACAUCGUGUUUUCUACUGACAAGAAGUCGCUGCUGUGCAUCCGCUGCUUUCGGGACAUGCAGAGGGAGAGCCGGGCCCACUGUGUGGACCUAGAGUCAGCUUAUGUGCAAGGUUGCGAGCGGCUGGAGCAGGCAGUGCUGGCAGUGAAGGCUCUGCAGACCGCCACGAAAGAGGCCAUCGCGCUGCUACAGGCCAUGGUAGAGGAGGUGAGGCACAGCGCCGCUGAGGAGGAGGCUGCCAUCCACGCACUCUUUGGCAGCAUGCAGGACAGACUGGCAGAGAGGAAAGCGCUACUGCUGCAGACUGUGCAGAGCCAAUAUGAAGAGAAGGACAAAGCCUUCAAGGAACAGCUGACCCACCUGGCCUCCUUGCUGCCCACCCUGCAGGUUCAUCUGGUCAUCUGCUCUUCCUUUCUCAGCUUGGCCAGUAAAGCCGAGUUUCUGGAUCUGGGUUAUGAGCUGAUGGAGAGACUUCAAGGCAUAGUCACGCGGCCGCAUCGUCUAAGACCGGCUCAGAGCAGCAAGAUCGACAGCGACCACCGCGCAGAGUUCGCGCGCUGCCUGGAGCCGCUUCUGCUGCUGGGGCCCCGCCGGGCUGUGUCCACCGUGGGCGGCGCCAACACGUUGGCAGGGGGCUCAAGCCCCAAGGUGUUGAAGACACAGAGCUGUCCCUCCCCCGUGGGAAAAAUGUUAGGGUCACCUGUCCAGAAACCCUCGCCACACCGUUUCAUUAGCACGAAGGUGCUCCUGGCCGAGGGCGAGGACACACCCUUCACGGAGCACUGCCGCCAUUAUGAGGAUUCCUAUCGGGGUCUGCAGCUGGAGGUGCAGAACCUGAAGGACCAGGUCCAGGAACUGCACCGAGACCUCACCAAGCACCACUCCCUCAUCAAGGCGGAGAUCAUGGGGGAUAUCCUGCACAGGUCCCUGCUGCUGGACACGCGGAUCGCUUCUGAGUAUGCCUCCAUGGAAGGCCUGAGAGCCAUCUUCCAAGAGAUUUGGGAAGACUCCUACCAGCGAGUAGCUACCCAGCAGGAGAUUUAUGAAGCCCAGCUCCAUGACCUUCUCCAGCUGAAGCAGGAGAAUGCCUAUCUCACCACCAUCACCAAGCAGAUCACGCCCUACAUCCGCUCCAUUGCCAGGGUGAAGGAACGACUGGAGCCCAGGUUCCAGGGGCCUGUGGCUGAGCACUCAGAACAUCGGCAGAACCUGUAUGAUGAGACCCCAGCCAGGACUGACCCAGGAUGCACCACUGAGAAGAGAGACAAGGCUUCUGAGCCCAGUGGAAGCAGCUGGGCCCUGAGUGGCCUCUCCGAAGGGACUUCACUAAAGAACCAAGACCACCUGAGACCCAAGUUGGAAGCUGGAGAUGAGGGGUGGAGAGCUGGCUCAGGGUCUAAAGGGGCUUGCUACCAAGCCUGACAACCUGAACCAACAUAGAAGGAAAGAACUAACUCCCACGCACAUACGGGAUAAAGGAAGCACGUAAAUCUCCCAGUGAGGGUGACUUCCCACAUGGAGAGAGAUUAGUAACCGGGUCCCAGUGAGCUGGGCCCAGGCAGUCCGCUUUCUCAAGACUGGUACACUGGCUGUGGGCACGGUUCAGAGGUUAGAAGCACUGCUGCUCUUUCAGAGGACCUGGGGUUUGAACCCCAACACCCACAGGGUGCUCACAACCGUCUGUUAACUCCAGUCUAGGGCGUCUGACACCCUCUUCUGGCCUCCAUGGGUACCACGUAUGUAGCACACAGAUGUACAUGCAAGUGAAAUAUAUACAAAAAUAAAUCUUAAGAAGUUUUAA